AUGCUCAAACAUUUUAGUGUUUUCACUACAGCGGCCCCGGUGCCCAUGAAUAUUCCCGAUCACAGCGAGAUUCGACUAACAUUCCAAUUGAGCAGCGGUGCCGUGCCAACUUCGAGUCAGCAGGAGCACUUCGUGUCUCGGCUUGCUUCAUCCAGUCAUGUGGAUCAACGCCGUUUUGUGAAUGCUGCAUCUGCCGCUGCGACCGCGAAUUCUUCAGAAAUAUCACUCAUUCUACGUCCGCCAUUCCUCCUUUCACAAAUGACAAAUGGUUAUGCUGUGCAAGCUAUUCAGCGAGCUGUCCACAUCGACAGUGGAUUCAAGGCCUACGACUCCGUGGCUGUAGUCAAAUCAGCCUACACGGUCAUCAAUAGAACACUAAACGGAGAUGGAAAUGCUCGUAAAGUGAUAAUGACUAUUGAUCGUUCCUUCCAAACCGUCGUCGGAAAUGACACCGCAGUCAUGGCCAGCAAAUGGACGGAAUCGAUGGCGAACAUGCUUCGGAUCUCAAUUUACAGAUUUAAAAACGCUCGGAUCUAUAUGGGUGCAGUCUGGAAAAUUCAGACUAUUUGCACAUAA